AGAAAGGUCAGAAAAUAAUGAUGGCGGAAAUUUUCUGUCAAAGCAGCUAGAGAACCCGUAUGUAGCCGAGCUGUGGAGAUCCUUGCGAACUGCUGCUCCACCGCAUCGACGAUGUUAUAGUUUGCGCGAGCAAACUGUGAAGAUUUCGUAUCGAAUCAGGCGGAGAGACUUGUCAGUGGUACAAGAUGGCUUCCGGGACAAAUGUUGAGGCAGUCGUUGAUAAUGGGGACUCUGGCGAAGGGACGUCGACGAACACGAGGAAAAAGCCGAGAGAGUCGACGGGCGACGAGAGCGACGAAGACGAAAAGGAAAAGGAAGGACAAGACAGACUCAUGUCGUUGGACGGCACAGGAACAAAAUUUGGCGGUGGAGCGCUGGGAAUCCAAAGAAAUAAAUCAGAACGAGAACGAAAGAUCGGCCAUCGAAGAGUGGGAGUUGGUGGAGAAAUAACUUACAAAAAAAUCCAAACCACGCAAAUCAUGGGUUCCAUCCAACUAGGAAUCCAGCAUGCAAUCGGCGGCCUAGCGUCGAAGCCAGAGCGUGAUUUGCUCAUGCAAGACUUUAUGACAGUGGAAACUACUAAUUUCCCGAGCGAAGGAUCGAAUCACACGCCAGCACACCAUUACUCGGAAUUCAAGUUCAAAACCUAUGCCCCAAUAGCGUUUAGGUACUUUAGGGACUUGUUUGGCAUCCAGCCAGACGACUUUUUGAUAUCCCUUUGUAACUCUCCGUUGAGAGCGUUGUCUAAUCCAGGUGCUAGUGGCAGUAUUUUCUACCUCACCACAGAUGAUGAGUUCAUCAUCAAAACUGUUCAACACAAAGAGGGUGAAUUUCUGCAAAAACUUCUUCCUGGAUAUUACAUGAAUCUGAAUCAGAAUCCCCGGACGCUGUUGCCAAAAUUCUUUGGGCUCUACUGUUACCAAUGUAAUUCAAAAAACGUCCGACUUGUAGUGAUGAAUAAUUUGCUUCCAUCGUGGGUUAAAAUGCAUCAGAAAUAUGACUUGAAAGGUUCAACUUAUAAAAGAAAGGCAUCAAAAUCGGAAAGGUUAAAAAAGUCACCCACAUACAAAGAUCUGGAUUUCAUGGAGCACCAUCCGGAUGGAAUAUACCUGGAGGCUGACACGUACAGCGCACUGAUAAAGACAAUACAGAGGGACUGCCGAGUGCUUGAAAGUUUCAAGAUCAUGGACUACAGCUUGCUAGUUGGCAUCCACAAUCUCGAUCAAGCCUCGAGAGAAAAAAUUGAGCAGAAAAAUGAAGAGAAGCUCGCAGCUGAAAAGUCCAAAGCGGAAAAAGUAGAUUCCGACGAAGAACCUGCCGUGUCAGUGGCUGCUCCUAGUGGCACUUCUUUGAAUAGAAGUAGAUCCAUAAAUCGACAGAGACUGGUUGCCCAUUCCACAGCUAUGGAGAGCAUUCAGGCCGAGAGUGAGCCAAUCGACGAAGAGGAAGAUGUCCCGCCUGGUGGUAUCCCAGCUAGAAACGCAAAGGGAGAGCGUCUCCUUUUGUAUUUAGGCGUUAUUGACAUUCUUCAAAGCUACCGGCUACAAAAGAAACUAGAGCACACUUUCAAAUCAAUAAUCCAUGAUGGUGAUACGGUAUCUGUCCAUAGACCAGGCUUCUAUGCACAGCGAUUCCAAGAUUUCAUGGCAAGGACGGUCUUCACCAAGAUUCAGUCUCUGGACUUGCCUGCAAUUAAGGGUAACCAUCGCAAGUUCCGUACCCUCGUGACAAGCUAUAUAGCUUUGAAGCAUUCCCCAUCCAAGCGCAAGAGUCUGAACCAAGCGCAACAGCCCUUAAGUUUGGUUCAGCGAGUGUUGAACGCAAACAAAGCGGCGCAGGCCGGCGAGGACGCCGGGACGUCGGGCACGACCGCGGCCGAAAUCACGCCUCCGUCUGAAGAAGUCAAAAGUCCGAGCGAGUCGACGAGCGCCGAAGCUGCGCCGGCGGCGCCAACUUCGAGCUCCGCGCCUGCCGAACAAGGGCAUCAUGGGGCUUCAAGUCAGACAACGAGCAAACCUGCGAGUCCAGUGACACCCAGUCCCGUUCCAACCUCCCUCUACUCGGAAUCUCCGGCUCCGACCGCCAGCUCGACGACGUCGUCGGCGCACAACUACCCUGCCGUGCUGAAGGACCGCGGGCCGCCGUCGCAGAAGGGCCGCGUGCCGCCGCCGGUGCCGCCGCGCUCGCCCAAGCAGCGCGGCGGCGGCCACCACAUGGUGCAGCACCACUACCGUGGCGGAGGAAAUACUGGGAGUUUGCAUCUUUCAUCAGAAGGCUAUGGGAGUGGGACAGACGAAAAUAGUAGUCAUUCACCUAGACAUGUGUCGAUAUCGGCCAGUCACGUCCUCGUCUCCAGAUCGUCGGCGUACCACAGAGAGGACAACAUUAGGAUACAAAGAAUGGGAAUCCUUACGCAACGAACCUAUUCCAGUGUGAGCGAAAUGACCAACAAGUCGUCCUCUCUGAGCGUCGAGUCAGCCGGAUCUGGUCACCGUUCCAACAUCACGUGGACGCCACCCGCCUCCGUCGAAGGCAGCACCCCCACCUGGACUGAAGGCACCCCCUCAUUCACCGAGUCAUCAAGCAGUGGAGAUUUAGACCACUUCCGAGGCAGUUUUCAUUCCACAUCGUCGAGAGGUUCGCGCAGCGGUCGAAGCAGCGCCGCUGGUUGUCCGACGACGCCAGCAAGGAGUUUAAAUUUGAGUAGAGGUGGAAGCGAAGGAGGUGCACAAAGUGUUGCUGAUUUUGAAGAAUUGGAUGAUGACGUUGCUGAAAUUGGAUACUACAGGGGUCGCGUGUGAAGAUCGAAUCCACUUCUACGGGCUUCCACUCCCUGCUUUGAACUAAUAACGAGCGCAUUCAUUCUUUUUCCACCUAACCGACUAACAACCAGCAACAAACCUUAACAAAACAACAUAAAAGACAACAAGUGCUGCCCACGCAUUAUACGAACGAACCCAGAGUCGGUAGCUGCCCUCAUCAAUAAACUUGCAUUGCAAUAUUAUAAUUCCAGCCUCUCUACGCGUAGUACCAUUACGAUUAAAUAUAGACACACAUUAUAAUGGAUGAAAGAAUGAAAGUAAAAAAAAAAAAAAUAUUCACAUUACUAAAUGACUGUUGAUCUCAUUGUAUGGGAUUCGCCGCUUAUAUAAUGGAUGUUAAAUAUUGGAGGUUGAUUCAAAUCUCUUUCUUGAUUCGCGUGAUGCGGACUCUUUCUUGUUUCCGAUUCCAAGAGUUUGAUAUGCUUGAUGAUUAUUUACGGUGUGUGACAAUAUUUUGAAAUGCUCACUUUGACAAUGCGGAAAUCUUUUUUGAUUCUCCCACGCGUAUAUAAAUUAAUUAAAAAUAUUUCCCAGCAUAAUAAUUAACUCCCACAAAUUAAUAUUGAAAAUUAUUACUGCUGCAUAUUGUAUUAAUCGAAAUUUAAAAAAAAAGCAAAAAAUAUAUUCACACUUGUUCCGCCAUUGAUCUCCGAGUAAAUGUUGCUUCAAGCGCAGUCUGUAUUGUUUUGUCCGAAUUUUUUAAUAUAUAUAGAGACAAAAUUGUGCCUAUUUAAGUGUACUUGUCCGUUGGUUAAAUGCUAGGGUCCACGAGCAUUGUAAAAGUUUUUUUAUUUCAUCGUCUUUGAUAAAAAUUUCGCACAUUGUUUUAUGGGGCCACAGCUAUUUUGAUAAAUAUUCAACAAAAAGUAGAAUUUUAAUUUUUAGAUUAUCGUAGAAAAUUAAUUCUUAAUUAAAUUCCUUAAAUUUUCGGGGCAUUCUAAAAAGUUGUUAACCAUCUGUAGUUAAUCGUUAUGACGGGACCUACAAUAACUUGGGAACGCUUAGUGGACGUUUAGAAUGAUUCCUGUACGCAAGAUAAUAAAUUUAAAAAAAACGAUCCCCGAAUGGAAAAUGGAAGGUUGACUAAUAUGUAUCGACGAAAAUUAAACUAACUCUCUCGCAUUGCUCUUUCUCUCACCCACCUUUUCCGUUGUCUGCCGUGGUGUUUGUUACAUAAUUAAAGUGCCAUCGCCGCUUUUCUGGAAAAGUGUGAUGAGAGCUCGUCUCUGUAUAAAACAUAGAGAAAAAAUGCAGUGCUAAAAGUCAAUGUUAUAUCCUCCAACGUGAUGUUGUACCAUAUCUAAAAUUAAGCAUCUCUCCAUGUUACAGUUCCCAUGUUACCUUUCUCAUUAGGGUCCAGAGAUUAAUUUUAAAAUUGGUUUUAAAGUUGAUUUAAAAAAAAUAUAUAUCCCAUUUUUGUUUCAUCCUUCAAGUUAAAAUAAUAAUUGUAAAUAAUAUUUUGAGGUUUUUUCUAACCUGUGAGAAAGCUUAGCGCUUUAGGGACAAAGUUACUGAAAAUUAAUGUGCGCCUAAUUCUCUGAAUAACUGUAAAAAGUGUCUCAAGUGAUUAUACGAGAAAAUUGCUCUGUUAAAUUAAUUGAUUUACCUUGUCAGUGUGUUCACGAACUGUUAACCAAAAAUACAAUAAAAUUCAAGAAGAUAUACAUACGAACUGAAGCACUCUUACUUCUUCUUAAGUUUGCAUCUUCUUCACAUUUUCCUGCACAAAAACUAACCUGCUAACUUUUUUCACUCA